CUCCGAGAGACAGGUGAGUCAGUGAAGGCUCUCGCGGCCGUCGCUUCCGAGCCGUUCGCUUGUUGGUUGUUUCUCUUGUACAGGAUGAACAGGUCAGCGUUUGUUAUAGUGGCGGUGUGCGCAUGCGCGUGCGCGGCGCAGCAGUUGCGAGUGGAGGUACUGAGCAAGCCGGGCAAGUGUGACAUCGAGACGGCGCCGGGAGACAAAAUCAGGGUCCACUACGUCGGCCGGCUCACCAGCGGGGAAAUAUUCGACCAAAGCCGUCCGCGCGGAGACCCCUUCGAGUUCCGUCUGGGGGCGGGCCAGGUGAUCAAGGGCUGGGACCGCGGCCUGGAGGGCAUGUGCGUGGGCGAGCGGCGUCACCUGACCAUCCCGCCUGAGUUCGCCUACGGAGACAAGGGCGCCGGCAGCGUCAUCCCACCAGGGGCCACCCUGGAGUUCGAGGUGGAGCUGAUCGAGGUGCCCGACAAGGUGUUCCACGCCGAGGACCAGCCCGAGCGGCGCCCGCGCCCCGACCUGGAGAGCCCGGCCGACCCCACGCAGCUGGUGGCGCAGACGCUGGUCCGGCCGCAGUCAUGCUCGCAGAAGGCCGCCCAGGGCGACGCCGUCACCGUGCACUACACCGGCCAGCUCACCAACACCAAGAAGUUCGACUCCAGCGUUGACCGUGACGAGCCAUUCCGGUUCACACUCGGCCAGGGCUCGGUGAUCCGCGGCUGGGACAUGGGCGUGGCCGGCAUGUGCGUGGGCGAGACGCGGCGCCUCACUAUCCCGCCUAGCCUCGCCUACGGAGAGAGAGGCGCCGGAGGCGUCAUUCCGCCAAACGCCACGUUGAUCUUCACCAUCCAGCUGCUGAAGAUUAAUUAGCACCAGAGGAAUGUCUGCGCGCGGGACAUCGGUGCAGUGUGGCCAGAUCAGCGUUGUUUGUUGUCAGUAUUUUUAGAUUUGUUUCCCUUUUGUUACUCCAAUAAAUUGUUGCUUAUUA